UAAAACAAUUGUAGUUGACUGACCUUGCUGGUUUUGGAUUUUACUUCUGACUCCAGCAUUCCUCGUUCAUACUUCAUAGUCCUCUUCCAUUUAUUAUAGUUUGUUCAACAAGUAUAAGUUAGUCCAUUCUUCGUCAUUAGCGUGACACAUCAAACCUAUUUCCAUCAUCAUAUUCUUAAUUCUCUCUCACAAUUCAUUUGCAAUUCUUUUGUGGAAACAAUGCAUCUAGAGCUGGAUACUUUUACAGCUUUGGUUGUGGUUCUGUGUUUCCUUGCAUUGAUUUUCAAGGAGACGGUAAUGGGAGGUAAGAGUUCAAAAGGGUCUCGGAGGAGAGAUGUAAAUUCAUCAUCACCAUCAACAUCAUAUGGCUCUGUUGGUUCUUCUUCAUCUUCAUGGGAAAAUAACUAUGGAUAUCCACAAUCAACAUAUCCAUACCCUCCACAGCAAAAUCCAUAUCAAAGGCCUAAUCACCGUCCCCCUACACAGGCUCCCUCUCAUGAUUAUUCACGGCCGAAUAGGAAGUUGGAUAGGAGAUAUUCAAGGAUUGCUGAUGAUUAUCAUUCUCUCGACGAGGUUACUGCUGCUCUUUCACAUGCUGGCUUGGAAUCAUCUAAUCUCAUUGUUGGCAUUGAUUUCACAAAGAGCAAUGAAUGGACAGGGAAGAGGUCAUUCAAUCGAAAAAGUUUACAUCACAUUGGAAAUGGUCAAAAUCCUUAUGAACAAGCAAUUGCAAUUAUUGGGAAAACAUUAACUGCAUUUGAUGAGGAUAAUUUGAUUCCUUGUUUUGGAUUUGGAGAUGCAUCAACACAUGAUCAAGAUGUCUUUAGUUUCCAUUCAGAUGAGAGGUGCUGCAAUGGAUUUGAAGAAGUUUUGUCAAAAUAUAGAGAGAUUGUUCCAUGCCUCCGACUCGCAGGACCCACCUCAUUUGCUCCUAUCAUUGAGAUGGGCAUGACUAUUGUUGAGAAAAGUGGUGGCCAAUAUCAUGUCUUGCUUAUAAUUGCUGAUGGACAGGUGACAAGAAGUGUUGACACAGAGAAUGGCAAGCUAAGUUCUCAGGAAAAGAAGACAAUUGAUGCAAUAGUGAAAGCCAGUGAGUAUCCGCUGUCGAUAGUUUUGGUUGGAGUUGGAGAUGGACCGUGGGAUAUGAUGAGGGAAUUUGACGAUAAUAUUCCAGCUCGAGCCUUCGACAAUUUUCAGUUUGUGAAUUUUACGGAAAUAAUGUCAAGGAAUGUGGAUUCAAACCGAAAAGAGACAGAGUUUGCUCUAGCAGCUUUGAUGGAGAUACCUUCUCAAUAUAAAGCAACCAUAGACCACAGCAUAUUGGGGACACAAAGGGGAUAUUCACCAGACAGGGUUCCUUUACCUCCACCACAAUAUGAUAGGGCUUCUUCUAGUAACGCAGCAAUAUCUUUUCGUUCAAAUAGUUUUCAGCAAAGUACACAUACAUAUGCUAGCAAUGAAAAUGAAAUGAGCACGGAACCGUCUUCAGGUGGUUUAUAUGACAAUAAGGUAUGCCCGAUUUGUCUUACUAAUGCGAAGGAUAUGGCAUUUGGCUGCGGGCAUCAGACUUGUUGUGAAUGUGGAGAAAGCCUUGAAUUCUGCCCUAUUUGCCGGAGCACAAUCGAUACCCGAAUAAAACUUUAUUAAGCUUUGUUUAUUUUGACGACUGUCGAGGAUUCAUUUUGUUCUUGUACAUAAUCAUUUAUCACAAUUUUGAACCAAAAAAACUAUGUCAGGUUAGGAAGAUAUGUUUACAGAAUGAAUAAGUGUUGCCUCAUUGUAUAUAUUAAGUUUGUGUUUGUGUGCCAUGAAUGAAGGUUUGAUGUUUUGAA